AUGGGUAUCCAACGUGGAACCGCGGCUGAGCCAACGGCCUCUUCGAAUGUUUCUGAUCCUCUGACAGAAAAGUUCGGCCAGCUCCAUGUGUUGGAUGACUUGAUCCGUCUUCGCGCCGCCGAUAGUGUUCAAUACCCAAUUCUCGCAUAUCCGAGCUCCGAUAGCCAUGCCGCAUUAUACAACUAUUAUACCGGCGAACAGCUGGACGAGAUGAUAGACCAAGCUGUUUCGACACUGAUGGAAGAUGGCUUCAGGCCGCCUAAGAAAGACGGAUGCGUAGUAGCUUUGCUCACCUUAUCGGACCUGAGUAUGGUGAUCACUCUAUUUGCACUUAGUCGGUUGGGAUACACAGUGAUGAUUCUAUCGCCACGUUUAUCGGGCGACGCAUGUGUUUCGUUACUUGACACCGUCGGCUGCGAGAACAUAAUAUAUGGCAAAACUGGCACCAUCCGCACAACAAUGGGUGAGAUCUUGCAACGAAAACUCAUUACCUGUCGCCCGAUACCUGCGCUUUCCGACUCCAUCACCGAAACCUCGUUGUUGGUUCUGCACAGAAACCGGAACUCUGAGGCCCAGAGGAACAAGAUUGCCUUGAUUCUUCACUCUUCUGGGUCCACUGGAAACCCGAAGCCCAUGUUUCUCACACAUCGCGCACUGAUGACCCACCCUUUGCGAGGACCGGGGCUAACAUCCUUCAACUCCCUUCCCUGGUAUCAUCUCCAUGGAAUCUCAACGGCGUUGCAGGCAAUGUGGAUGAGGAAAACAGCAUUCAUGUGGAACGCGGCCUUGCCACUGACGGCGGACUCGGUUGUUUCCGCUCUCCAAGAGGCGAAACCUGAAUAUGUCGCUGCAGUGCCGUAUAUGCUGCAAAUUCUAAUUGAUGACCCCCACGGCAUCGAGGCACUGCGGAAAUGCAAAGUGGUUGGAUAUGGUGGAGCACCAUGUCCCGAUGAGCUUGGCGACCGCCUUGUUCGCGAAGGAGUUCCUUUUGGUGGAUCCUUUGGACUCACGGAAGCAGGUCUCGUCGCUGAGUCUUUGUCCCGACCAAAAGACGACCCUUAUUGGAAUUAUAUGAAGUUCUUCGAAAAUCUUCUACCUCAUAUUUGGAUGAAGCCCUUGGGAGAUUCUCUUUACGAAUGCGUCUAUUUGGCUGGGCACCCUGCAUUGACAGCGUCAAACUCCAAUGAGCCGCCUGGUUCGUAUCAUUCCAAGGAUGUGUUUACACCCCACCCCACUAUUCCCAAUAGAUGGAAGUACGCCUCUCGGCUUGACGAUCGCCUUACUCUAAUUAACGGGGAGAAAGUGCUACCACUCCCUAUUGAAGGAUGUAUCAAACAGCACCCUCUCAUCCAUGAAGCAGUGGUCUUCGGUGCUGGUAAGACAGCUCCGGGGCUGUUGAUUUUCCGCUCCCAAGAAGCGAACGAAGCAUCUCUCUCGGACGAAGAAUGCUUUGAUAAUAUUUGGCCCAGUAUUGAAUCGGCCAAUUCUCGUGCCGAGAAAUUCUCCCGCAUCGCUAAAGAUAUGGUUGCCGUGUUGCCGUCCACCUCGACCUUCCCUCGGACAGAUAAGGGCUCUAUGAUCCGAGCUCAGGUCUAUCUGCAUUACAAUGAGCUUAUAGAGAGCAUAUAUGCUAGCGCAGAGGGCCAAGAAGGAGGAACGCGAGUGAGCUUUGACGAAACCCUGUCGCUCUUGACGGAUUUGUGUCAGAAUGAGCUGGGUAUCAGUCUCUCUGGCGCAGAGGCCAACUUCUUCUCGGAAGGAGUUGAUAGUCUCAAGGCAAUUCAUCUGCGUCGCCUUAUCCUCCAGAACUUCGAUCUGCCCAAAGAGAGUCUUCCUCAGAAUGUCGUAUACGAUACGGGAAGCAUUUCGCUUUUGUCGGAGUACAUCUGUGCUGUGCAGAGCGGCGAGGAUCUUUGCAUGGUGGAUGAUGACAACGUGGUCAUGUCUAAAUUGAUUCAGAAAUAUUCGUCAUUUGAACAGCACAUGCCUACUGGCUCUUCAUUGACCACAAAGGGUGUUAUCCUCACCGGAGCCACUGGGUCAAUCGGUGCCCACACCUUGUACGAGCUUCUCAAUGACGACUCCGUCUCCACAGUCUUCUGUUUGACACGACGAAAGUCCCCAUUGGAAGACGUACUAGCUAGUCUGAUUGAGAGAGAGCUUCACAUCACUCCAGAACAAGCAUCCAAAAUCAUCGCCCUAACCAGCUCCCUCGAUGAGCCAGAUUUCGGCCUGAGCGAAGAGCUCAUAACACGCAUGCGCAAAUCCGUUACCCAAAUUCUGCAUGUCGCCUGGCCUGUGAACUUCAAUAUCCCUCUAUCCCAAUUCGAGCCCCAUAUUCGCGGACUUUACAAUCUUCUCCAGUUCUCACUCUCUGUUGAACAACCACAGCCCGCAGUCGUCAUGUUCUGCUCCUCGGUCUCCACCACACUCGCUUCAACGUCUACCGAAAUUCCAGAAUCCCCCGCUGACCUCGGCAUGGCUUACAUGGGCUAUGGUCAAUCGAAGCUUAUCGGAGAACACAUCGUCAGCGUAGCACACAAAUCAGGAGCAAGAGCUUACUCACUCCGAAUCGGGCAGGUUUCCGGCCAUUCAAAGAAAGGUCUUUGGAAUGAUACCGAGGCACUCCCGCUGAUGGUCAGAUCGGCCUUGGUUUUGAAAGCCCUACCCAGCCUGAAGGAAACCUGUUCUUGGCUGCCGGUUGAUAACCUCGCAGCUACUAUUUUGGAACUGACUCGAUCGCGUUCGGGUUCGAACACGGAGUCUGAGAAGAAGUGUCUGUCUGCAGAUCAAGGCGAUGACUCGAUCUACAAUGUGUGUAACUCGAGAGAGUUUUCCUGGGAUGCGCUGUUAGCUUCCUUGGGCCGCAAUUUCCAGUUCGAUGUCGUGCCUUUUGAGAGUUGGUUGCAAUUGUUGAGGGAGAGUGAGGCGAGAGGGGAGGAGCAUAUUAAUCCAGCUGUUAAGCUGAUUGAUCACUAUGAGGCUAUGUUUGGCUCAGAUUCUUCUGCUGGACGCGCUCUGGGCCCGAAGACUUUUGUGACGGACAAGGCGGAGCGGGAUAGUGUUACUUUGCAAAAUGGUCGUCUAAGGAUUAUUGAGGAUGGUAUUUUGGAUUGUUAUAUUCGUGACUGGACUUCACGAUGGAUGAUGUCGUGA